AUGUCAGACACAAUUCUCCACCGUGACACGGAGGAUAACGCCGGCACCAUUGAGCUGAAAGACAACACAGUCAUUGUCGUACUAGGAGCGUCGGGUGAUCUGGCAAAGAAGAAGACGUUCCCGGCGCUCUUCGGCCUCCACCGGAACAACUUCCUGCCAAACAAUGUCAAGAUCAUCGGAUAUGCGCGGACAAAGAUGGACCGGGAGGAAUACCUCAAGCGGGUCAAAUCCUACAUCAAAACACCGACCAAGGAGAUGGAAGAGUCGUUGAACGAUUUCUGCAACCUGUGCAGCUACAUCUCCGGGCAAUACGACCAAGACGAUUCGUUCAUCAACCUGCGGAAACACCUUGAGGAGCUCGAGGAGGGCAGGGAGGAGACGAAUCGGGUCUUCUACAUGGCGUUGCCGCCGAGCGUAUUCAUUCCGGUAUCGCAGCAUCUGAAGAAAAUCUGCUAUCCGAAGAACGGUAUUGCUAGGAUCAUCGUUGAGAAGCCGUUUGGUAAAGACCUCCCUAGCUCCCGGGAGCUUCAGCGGGCGCUCGCGCCGGAUUGGAAGGAGGAGGAAAUUUUCCGCAUUGAUCACUAUCUGGGCAAAGAGAUGGUCAAAAACAUCCUGAUCCUGAGGUUUGGCAACGAAUUUUUCGGUGCCACAUGGAACAGACACCACAUCGACAACGUUCAGAUCUCCUUCAAAGAGCCGUUCGGUACCGAAGGCAGAGGCGGCUACUUUGACGAGUUCGGUAUCAUCCGUGACGUGAUGCAAAACCAUCUACUGCAGGUCUUGACUCUACUUACCAUGGAGCGGCCGAUCUCCUUCUCCGCGGAAGACAUUCGAGACGAGAAGGUCCGUGUACUGCGCGGUAUGCCUGCAAUCGAGCCGAAGAACGUCAUAAUAGGGCAGUAUGGGAAGUCGCUCGAUGGAAGUAAGCCCAGUUACAAGGAGGACGACACUGUGCCUAAGGACUCCAGGUGCCCCACGUUCGCCUCAAUGGUUGCCUACAUCAAGAACGAGCGGUGGGACGGCGUACCGUUUAUCCUCAAGGCCGGUAAGGCUCUCAACGAGCAGAAGACAGAAGUCCGCAUUCAGUUCAAGGACGUAACUUCCGGCAUCUUCAAGGACAUCCCCCGGAAUGAGCUCGUCAUCCGUGUCCAGCCCAACGAGAGCGUCUACAUCAAGAUGAACUCCAAGCUCCCAGGCCUGAGCAUGCAGACGGUCGUCACAGAGCUCGAUCUCACUUACCGCCGCCGGUUCUCGGAUCUGAAGAUUCCCGAGGCGUACGAGUCGCUCAUCCUCGACGCUCUCAAGGGCGACCACUCGAACUUUGUACGUGACGAUGAGCUUGAUGCCAGCUGGAGGAUAUUCACGCCGCUGCUGCACUACCUGGAUGAUAACAAGGAGAUUAUCCCAAUGGAGUACCCAUAUGGCUCCCGCGGCCCGGCUGUAUUGGACGACUUCACCUCCUCCUACGGCUACAAGUUCAGCGAUGCUGCGGGCUACCAGUGGGGAGGCGCCGGAAACGAGAUGAAUAAGUUGUAG